UGCCCAUAAAGUAAACUAAUAAAUCAGUACAGAAAGAUGUAUCCUUUACUUGGGAAAUCGAAUUUUCUCUUUACCAACUUCAAUGCUAAAGGCAGCGGAAUGGAUGGGCAUCGAGCUUUUUUGUUGAUUCCUUUUCCUUUGGUCUCUUAAAUUUUGAUGAGCAAUCAGAUGCCAUCUCGUGCAUAAGCCGCUUCCCAGUUCUUCUUCCAGAUUUCUUUUCAGGUAAGAGCUUUUCCUUGGACUUUUGCGUGUGGAGAUUUCAUUUGUUGAUCGACGAACUGUUGUAUGGUCUAAUUUCCACUUCUCUAGCGAGGGAUUGUUCAAAUUCAUAUUCUUGGCAGGCAUGCAUGCGACUGACAUUGUGAUUUAUUUGCAUUUUGUUCCCAUGGUUGAGAAAUUUGAUACCUUGGUUGCAACCCAUAUUACCCAUCUGGUUGUUUCGCGUUCGCAUUGAAGAACAUGGUCUGCGAGUCUGUUCUUGUUAUGCCUUCUGCCAGGAUUAAACAAAUGUUUAAAUUGCUCAUCAGGUCUUCAAGAAGGCAAAUUUAUCAGUUAUUUUCGGCUUCGCUAAUCAAUUAUCAAUGUCUUCGUUUUUCUGUUGUUUCUUCAAAUUCCUUAUAGGGCAACUGAACUGUGUAAAUUCAGUAGAAGGUAGUGGAAGAUACUGUUAUUGGAAUCAUGGGUAGUCCAAAGAGGAGAGUUGCAUUUGUGCUGAUUGAUGGAAUAGGUGACGUUUCAUUGCCAAGGUUGGGUUACAAGACUCCUCUGGAAGCAGCCUGUGUUCCCAACUUGGAUGCUAUUGCAUCGGCUGGAAUAAAUGGUCUGAUGGACCCUGUUGAAGUCGGUCUUGGUUGCGGGAGUGACACUGCACACCUUUCUUUACUGGGUUAUGAUCCUCGAGUGUACUACAGGGGUAGAGGCGCAUUUGAGUCUAUGGGUGCUGGAUUGGCAAUGUCACCUGGUGAUAUUGCGUUUAAGUCAAACUUUGCAACAUUGGAUGAGAAAACUGGAAUAGUUACCAGUAGAAGAGCUGACAGGCAUUUUGAAGAAGAAGGCCCAAUCCUAUGUGAAGCAUUGGAUGGCAUGAAGUUGCCAUCUUUCCCCGAGUAUGAGGUUAGGGUUAGGUAUGCCACAGAACAUAGAUGUGGAGUUGUUGUCAAAGGGCCAAAGUUGAGUGGAAAUAUAUCCGGAACUGACCCACUUAAGGACAACCGUCUACUUCUAAAGGCUGAAGCUUUAGAUGAUACUGAUGAGGCGAAGCAUACAGCUGCUGUUGUUAAUGAAUUAUCUAGGGAGAUCUCGAAAAUCUUAGUUUCUCACCCAUUGAAUUCCCAAAGAGCUGCAGAAGGGAAGAACAUUGCCAACCUUGUCCUAUUACGAGGAUGUGGUAUCCGAAUUCAGGUUCCUUCAUUUGAAAAGAAGCAUGGAUUAUGGCCGUGCAUGGUGGCUCCAACUAAAAUUAUAGCUGGCUUGGGCAUGUCAUUGGAUAUUGAUAUUCUGGAAGCUCCUGGGGCAACAGGAGACUAUAGAACACUGUUGACUUCGAAAGCAACUGCUAUAGCCAAGGCACUUAGUGCUCCUUCUAGUUCAACUCCCAAUGUAUUUGUACCAGGAGAGGAUGAACACAAACCAGGCCGAUCAGAUGGGUACGAUUUCGGGUUUCUCCACGUUAAGGCAAUAGAUGAUGCAGGACAUGAUAAAGCGAGCAUUUUCAAAGUGAAGGGAUUGGAAGCUGUGGAUAAAGCAAUAGGGCAGCUGGCCAAGCUCCUCUGGCAAGCAGAAUGCACUGGAGACUUUCAAUAUUACCUUUGUGUCACGGGAGAUCACUCAACCCCAGUUGAAUACGGUGAUCAUAGCUUUGAACCAGUUCCAUUUGCAAUCUGCAAGUUGAAAGACUUUGUGGGUGCUAGGGGCGGGGAAUCCAUGGUUUUGGAAACGUCUCUCGACUCAUUUCCUCUUCCAAUCGUCAAAGAUCACGGUGAAGAGUAUAGUAAGGACUUGCACAAUGAGAGAUCUGGAGAACAACAGCUCAAGGCUUUCCAAGGUGAUUCAGUUUGCGAAUACAGUGAGAUAGCAGCAGCAAGGGGGUGUCUUGGUCGAUUUCCAGGUGGAGAAAUGAUGGGUAUCAUUAAAUCAUUUCUUGCACUAAACUCAUGAGUUAGCCCUUUGGGGUACCCGCCAGGAUUUCAGAAGCCGAGCAUCUUCUCUGUCGGAUUAGCUCAAGAUAGCAAGGCAGAAACCAUUUGACAUGAUCACUGUACAUAGAAAGUUUUGGGCCCUUCCUGGGGACCUUUUCGAACAUUUUCGCUGCUUCCAUCUCAUUUCGCACAAGUCAUUUUCGUUCCAACUGGAAUCUACCUUUCCAAGCUGAAUUGUACUACUGUUGCAUGUCUAUGGCCAUGCUCUGAAUCUUGGACUGAAUAAAAAAGAAAAUAACAAAUCGAAUCACGACAU